GCGCGCCUCUGCCUCGACGCCGCGUGCCAGUGGGGAGAGAGGAAAAGGACGGGAGGGAGGGGGGCGCCACCUCCUGUCUGCGCCAGGCAUCCCGGGCAGUUCUUUCCCCCCGGCGAGCCCCUCCAGGCAGCCCCACGCGGCGAAGAAGGCCAAGGAGCCCCCCGAGGGCAGGAGUGUGCGGGGAGACUGAGGCCAGGGCAGCGGCGGCCUCUUUCCUUCGUUUCGCCCGGCGGGGCGAGGGGAAGCGGAGGAAGAGGGGCAGGGGCAGCUCUUCCCCUCCCUCUGAGGGCGCCCUUCUCUCCGGCCAGCGGGCCGCUGACUCCUUCGCAGGGGGCCGGGACUGGGCGGGCCUAGAGAGGGAGGCAGGCAGGCAGGCAGGCAGGCAAGCAGAAGGGGAGGCGGCGGCGGCGGCGGCGGCUCUGCUCUGCCGGCUGUCCCUCCCGCUCCACAGCAGCGCCUCCUCUCAGCGCGUGGCGGCGGCGGCGGCGCGAGGGAAGAGAGGAUGCUCAGCCCGCCGGCCUCUCCGCAGUGCCCCCGCUCCGCCCCGACCUGCCUGUCCCGGGAGGAGCAGUGACCAAGAGGACAGUGCCUUUCUCCAGAGGCAGCCAAGUGGCCCCUCUUGCUUCUGGCCAGGAUGAAGAGGCACCUCCGGAGAAGGAGCAGGUGGCACCGGGGUGGCUCUCCCAGCUGCUGCUGAUGCCCUCCCCUUGCUGCCACUGAAGCCCAAAUCUCGCCUACUCUCAUCAUCCAUGGAGUGGCAGAGCCAAGGUCCUUAACUGGAGUCCCAGGGGUACGGCUACCUCCUCGCUGUCUUGCUACCCACUCCUCCUUUGGCUUACCAUGGGGUGGAGGCAGCUCCUGUUGCUCCUGCCACUGGCCUUGUACGCCCUGGCACUGCUGCUGACCACUCAGGCUGCGGGGCCCCCACGGACACCCAGGGGCAACCGGACCCAGGGGGCAGUCGCGCCCCGGCGACCCCACAAACCAGUCAAGGAGCAGCUGAACCAGACCAUUGUUGGCACAGCACCUUCUUCUGCCCUUGCUGGCGGUGGGAGCCGUGGGCGCAGCCCUGUCGGAGGGCCGGCAAAGGCAUCUUCUAGUGGCAGCCCAGCCUAUGAGACCUGCCAGGGCUACUACGACGUAAGCGGGCAGUGGGACAAGGAGUUUGAGUGCAACAACAGCCAGAAGGAUUUCCGCUACUGCUGUGGCACCUGCUACUACCGCUUUUGCUGCAACAAACGCUCCGAGAAACUCAACCAGGACAGGUGCCGUAACCAGGGCCCGCGCCCCAGCACUGACCCCAUGACCCCUGCCACCAGUAAUGAUGGGCCAGGGGAUAUACCCAAUGGGUAUGACCCAAACGAGGACAACACAAAUGCUACCGUCUACAUUUCGUGUGGGGCCAUUGCCUUUGUCGUAAUUGUGGGCAUUUUUGCCAAGGUUGCCUAUGACAAAGCCCGACAACCACCACCAGAGAUGAACAUCCACAGGGCUCUGGCUGAUAUCCUCCGGCAGCAGGGACCGAUCCCCAUAGCACACUGUGAAAGAGAGACUGUCUCAGCUAUAGAUACCUCCCCCAAAGACAACACUCCAAUCCGAACAUCCUCCAAAAACCACUACACACCGGUGCGCGCCUCCAAGAGCAACCCAGGUCACUAUGGAAAGGAUAUUUAUCGAAGUGGAGGUCCGGAUUUCCAUAAUUUCAUCUCCUCUGGUUUUGUCACAUUAGGAAGAGGACACAGCAAGGAUGUCCAAGAACAAAAUUAUAACCACCUGAUACUAAGCACUGCAAACCAGACACCUUCACAUGAAAAGCCCCGGAUGAACAGUAUCCUCACCUCUGCCACCGAGCCCUAUGAUCUCUCUUUCUCCAGGUCCUUCCAGAACCUCUCUCACCUUCCACCAUCCUAUGAGUCUGCGGUCAAGACUAACCCAAGUAAAUAUUCUUCCCUGAAGAGAUUAACUGACAAAGAAGCUGAGGAAUAUUACUCAAGAAAGAGGCAUCUCCCUGACUUAGCAGCAAGAGGAACCCUCCCUCUCAAUGUCAUCCAACUAUCCCAGAAACAGACCUUCCAAAGGGAGCGGCCACGCCGGGUGAUGCGGGCCAUGUCCCAGGACCGAGUUCUGUCCCCGGAGAGGAUCAUGCCAGAGGAGUUCAGCAUGUCUUAUGAGCGGAUCCUAUCAGAUGAGCAGCUGUUGUCCACUGAACGCCUGCACUCCCAAGACCCUCUCCUCUCUCCGGAACACUCUGGCUUUGGGGAACAGUCCAUGUCACGGGCUUUGUCUCACUCGGAUGUCUUUGUUUCAACACCUGUCUUGGAUCGCUACCGGAUGACUAAGAUGCACUCCCAUCCCAGUGCCUCAAAUAACAUAUACAACACCUUGAGUAUGAACCAAACAUCCGCCAAGCGCCAGGCAUUUGCCUCCAGGCGGCACAACACAGUGGAGCAGCUACACUAUAUCCCAGGACACCAUUCCCAUUACCGCACAGCCAGCAAGACAGAGGUGACUGUUUGAUCAGAGACACUGUGCAUUGUAGAUAAUAUUCCAUAUAUCUCUGGACUGGGGUGGCUUCAGUGCCCUACACUGCAGUGGCCUUAUGGCCAAGAUAACCUCUAAUCCCAUGUCUGAAAAGACAAGACUCUUCCGACAGUCCUGUCUGUGUCGUUUUGAAAAUUCAUCUACUUGUUAUUGACAUAGGGAGGAAAAACAGAAUAGGGAUAAGUGGUACAGGUAAGAUUUCCUAUCCUGCUCAGUUUCUGUCAAAGAAAGCCAUACUGGAUUAUGGCUCAUUUCAAGGGCUUGUCUGCACCUAUAUUCUAGCUAGUUUGCCAAGCUAGCACUUUAAUGCCCAUCAUAAUAAACCAAGAAAAGGGGUCUAAUACCACAUUAGCAUUACAUGGCAAGGUUGGUAGGCAUGUUGUGGGCCAACUACAGUCCCACCUGUAGGUUAGAAGGUGGCAACCUAUUUCCACCUCAGCAUGGAUCUGCCUGGCCCUUGGAGAAAUGCCAAUGAUAAAUAUGAUGAAGGAACUAACAGACUGAGGGGCAAUGAUUGCAACAGCUGGGAAACCACCUUGUUUUAUAUGAAACUAUAAAACAAAAUUAAUCCAGUGCCUAUAACUAGCCAGCUAUCUGGGUGGUGGAAGGAGAUGGAUUUGUUUAUAAGCACAAUUUUGCUUAUUAGUAUUUGCCAGUCCACACCUCUUUUUUCCAUGUAUCCUCAUAUAUAUAAAUUUCCCAAUAUGUAAAUAGAUUUUUAAAAAGGAAACAGGGCAAAAUAAUUCCUCUCCAGUUUUUCACUCAUUUCUAUACAAGAUAGCAGCAUAUACCGUUUGACCAUCUGGGAUGUUGUCGCACCUGAAAUAGACACAAUAAUCCACCACAAGAGGUAUGAGUCAGCAGUAGUCCAGUUGCCAUCCCAGGCAGUAGUUCCUGGCUUAGUCUAACCUUGGUUUCCUGUAAACCUACAGCUCCUCUCCAACUAAUCACAAGAGACUCCCAGAAUGAGAGGCUUCUGAAAGCUUUGCCUUCCCUCAUCUAUCCAGACCGAGAAUAUCUGUGACUGCCAGUCUGCCUGCUAAUCCCCUCCAGGAAAUGAAAUGCUUGUGCAGAAGUUCACAUACUAAUUGGGCACAUUGUACAGCCACUGUACAGUAAUAAUUAGACACUAAGUGUCUGUAAUGUCUUUAAGAGAAAAUGUUUGUAGGUCCAAUAUUUGUUGGAUUUUGUAUAGGUGGAACAGAUGCAAAUUGUAAUUAUCAUAGAUUGAAACACCUUAUUUUCUUGCGUGGCCUGGGCCUAUGGUCCAAAAGCUAAAUGAAUUAGAUGGCUAAGGCUGUAUGAUUCUGUGAAAAGUUGGCUCACUUUAAUAAGUACUUGCAUUUCCAUGUUGCAAGUGCAUGUGGCUCUUCUGGCAUGCUUGCAUUGAGCAGGAUCCCACUGAGUGUAACAGUCUAAACCUAGAAAUUGAUCGAACAUUCCUGACAUUCAAGGCCUUUCCCGGGCAAUACAUGAAAUCCCAUUUCAUCAAACAGUGGCUUUGAACUUGGAACUUAUUUUUUCAUUACAUUUUUCAGAGUUAAACUUGUAUAAAAAGCUAUUUCAUGUCCCUUUUUAAAAAUGAUUUUGUUUAUAGCACCAGGAAAAAGUAGCCAUGGGGUUAUUUUGGGUUGUUUUCCCCAGGUUCUUCCGUUUGUAGACUACAGGUUGGAGCCAUAACAAAACUGUACUUUGUUUAACAGAAACUGGGCCAGGAAGGAAAGGACAGCAGUGGCCAUGUAAUACCCUGCUGUUGCUCACCUCCUGUUCUCAAGCAACAGACGAGAGCUUCAAGUAGUUGAUGUUCUUGCUAACUGUAACACGCUUAAGAAAGCAAGGCCACAGCAGGCUGCAGAAGAAGCAUUUUCUCUGAGCACACUGUAACUUGUCCCAUUUCCAGUCUUCAGUGUUGCUAUCUUGGUCCCCACAAUAUGGACCAUAGAAAGGGUUGAUAGCCUACAAGAGUGGUAUAGUCCUGGUACCUAUUCAAACCAUAAGAGUCUUGGAAUACGAAAUCUCACUUUUACAUCUUUGACUUUCCAUUAUAUAAACUGAGAAAGUGUUGGCAACUGAGAUGCCAGAGGCAAGGGUGCCAGGCCCUUGACCCACUGAAGCUAUCUAUAAUGGGGACCAUUACAUGUGGACAAAAUAGGACUUGUGGCAGCAGAGGGGCACAUAAGGAAGUGCUGUGAGAAGAUAUGGUGUUUACUUCUGAGGUUACACAAUAAAAUUAGCUGAGCUUCUUCAUUCCAGAAAGAAAUGUGCAAAUGCCCACCCAUUCUUUAUGGACCGUUUCCUGAACAUCUCCUGCUUUUCUGUAUCAACACAGUCAUCAGCAAAGCAGUUGGUUUUUUCUCUUCCUUCCUGUCAGUUGGGCCUUCUUUUUAGAUGACAUAAACACUGUGGCUGCUGCCUGAAAUGGCUGCUCUGUGGGGCUGAGGAGCCACUCAGUGGCAGUCAUGUUAUGGGAAAUGCAUGUCCUCUACCCCUGUAGAGGUAGCAUUUGAUGGCAGCCAUGCUGUUUGCAUGACAUACAAAGUAGGCCUUAGUCCCUCACCAGAUAAAACAUCCCACAUGGAUCACCAGCACAGCCUUCUGUACAAACCCCCUGAAGAUGAAUGAUAAUGUGCUAGAGCUCCUGUGUUAUUCUAAAUGUGAUAAUGUCACAUUUACCUGGGAUUUGGUGCAAUGGUCAGAAUUUAGAUAGUUACUGCAAGUGAGCAGCUGAAGGGAGCCGAAGUGUCUCAUUAGUGUUGACUUUUCUCUAGACUGUGCUCUAAAGCUGGGUGCCUCAGCUGGAGUCCAAAGCUGAAAAUCAGUUCCAUCUGGAUGGAUAGUCUCCUCAUAUCAUUCAGAUCCAUCUGCCUGUUGGAACUAAUGAUCUUCCCAUACAUGUUCCACUCUUAAUGAGCAGUGUAGAUAUACAAAAUGUUCUUCAACUGCUAAUCACACCAAAUAAUUGACAGAUAGCUAAAUAAGAGUGGGUGAUUUCCUGCUCUUGUUUAUUUAUAAGAAGAUUCCAGCUAUACAAUCACCAAGGCAGCUCUGAUUACUUAUACAUGUAUGCAUGUACACAUGCACACACAAACUAAAUGGUCCAAAAUAAUUUAAGCAAUACCAUAUUAUCAAAAAAUAAUGCAGUCAAGAAUAGACAAAGGUGAGCAGAAUAAUCAACUAGCCAAAUUUAAUGACUUGCUAAACAGAAAAGUAGUUAAAAAGAUGUUGCAAAAGGCAGGAAUUUGAAGGCCAAAUUAACUUCUCCAGCCAGGAAGUUUUGCAGAGAAUGACUAUGCUAUAUGUGUGUCAAAGGUGGAGGGGGAAGUUUGCAAUAGAUGGUGGCCUCAAUCCAAUAUCCCCUUACUUAGUAUAAAUAUCCACGUGUGGACCUGUACUACGUUAAGCCAUAUACCUUCUCUCAACUUACUGUAAAGCCCCUGAAGUCCCUUUGAAUUGCUGUUCCAUGCCUCACAGAAAGCAGCCAGGAUCAGAAAACCAUUUGGCUACGUCCUCAUAGUCAGACAAUUAUAGCAGUACUGA